AUGCCUCCUUGGAUUGGCAGAAUGUUGUCAAUUGGGGGGAGAGUCACUUUGAUCAAUUCCGUAUUAUCAAAUGUUCCGGUGUAUUAUUUGUCUUUCUUUAAAAUUCCAGCAUUGGUGGUGGAGGAGAUAAUCAGAAUACAAAGGAAGUUUUUGUGGAACCACAAUGAGGAAAAGAAAGGAAUGAAUUGGGUAAGUUGGAGCUCGAUGUGCAAACAUCAAAAUGAGGGUGGAUUGGGGAUCAAAGAUUUGGCUAAGUUUAAUAAGGCACUGUUAGCAAAGUGGGUGUGGAGAUUUCUAAAUGAGGAAAAGUCAAUAUGGAAGGGUGUAUUAGAAUCUAGGUACGGUGUGUUGGUAGAAAGAAGUAUUCAGAAAACAAGAGUUGGGCGUAGGAGUAUGGAAUCAGUGUGGUGGAAGGAUUUGAUGAAAUUAAGUGAUUUUGAUGAAGCAAACAGCCUGAGCAAGUUCUUGUCUUUCAAGUUAGUUGAUGGAAAAAUGUUACCAUUCUGGUAUGCUCGUUGGUUAGGUCAAAGACCUUUGAGUGAGGUCUUUCCAACCCUGUAUAUGGCAGUUCCCAGUCGGGAGGUGUGUGUAAAUUCAAUGGGAUGUUGGGAUGAAGAACUUUGGAAUUGGCAGGUUGAUGUUAACACCGAAGUGCUAAAUGUGGAGAUUUUGAAUGAAAAGAGAGAACUGAUGGAAAUUUUGUCCGAAGUUAGACCUAGAAUGGGUGUGAAGGAUUCAGUAGUGUGGUCCUUGGGUGGAAUAGGUGAGUAUUUUGUUAAAUCUUACUACUCUGCUUUAGUGGAUGAGGAUGACACAACUAGGGAGGAUUGA